AUGAACUACUCUCCAAGCAACCCAGAUUUCUUCAAUAGAGACCGUUUCGUGCUCUCCAACGGCCACACGUGCUUGUUCCAAUACGUGUUCCUGCACCUGUCGGGCUACAAGCACAUGACCAUGGAGCAGCUGAAAACGUACCACUCGGACCGCCCAGACUCAUACUGUCCGGGCCAUCCCGAGAUUGAGCACCCAGGCAUUGAAGUCACAACUGGUCCGCUCGGCCAGGGCAUUGCCAACGCUGUCGGCCUCUCCAUUGCGUCGAAAAAUCUCGCCGCUUUGUACAACAGACCGGGCUACGACGUGGUGGACAACUCCAUCUUCUGUAUUGUCGGCGAUGCGUGCCUGCAGGAAGGCGUUGGGCUCGAGGCCAUUUCGCUCGCAGGCCAUCUUGGUCUCGGCAACUUGAUCGUGCUCUACGACAAUAAUCAGGUCACGUGCGACGGCAGCGCCGACGUGGCUAACACGGAGGACGUGGCGGCCAAAUUUCGGGCGUGCCAGUGGGCAGUGCUCGACGUGGCCAACGGCUCUGAGGACGUCGAGGCCAUUGUGGGCGCCAUCGACCGCGCCAAGCAGAUCACCGACCGGCCUGUGUUGAUCAACGUCCAUACCGUCAUCGGCUACGGCGCGCUCAACCAGGGCGAGGCAUCAGCGCACGGCGCAGCGCUCGGAGAGGAAAACGUGAGACAGCUCAAGCUGAAGAACGGCCUGGACCCAGACCUGCGCUUCCACGUCCCGCAAGAGGUGUACGAGUUCUUCAGCGACUGCGUUCCGCGCGGCCAGCACAGCGAGCGGCUGUGGGAAGAAAAGGUGGCCAAGUACACGGAGCAGUAUCCUGAGCUGGCGGCCGAAUUUGCGCGCCGCGUGGCGGGCAAGCUGCCCGCCGACUGGAAAAAACACAUUCCAACAGAAUUCCCUUCCGGUCCAACACCAACUAGAAAGAGCAGCGGUCUCGUUUUUGCGCCGCUCGCCAAAGCCAUCGACUCCAUUAUCGCCGGCACGGCCGAUUUGACGCCGUCUGUGCACGUGAGCUGGCCUGGCGCUCGCGACUUCCAAAAACCCCAGCUGCAGACCAAGUGCGGUUUGGGCGGCGACUAUUCGGGCCGCUACAUCCACUACGGUAUCCGUGAGCACGCGAUGGCAGCGAUUGCCAACGGGCUUGCCGCCUACAACAGAGGCACGUUUGUUCCGGUCACGUCCACUUUCCUGAUGUUCUACCUGUACGCUGCUCCCGCCGUGCGGAUGGGCGCUCUGCAGGAGCUACAGACAAUCCACGUCGCCACACACGACUCGAUCGGUACGGGCGAGGACGGGCCAACUCACCAGCCGAUCGCGCUGCCGGCAUUUUACCGUGCGCUGCCGAACUCGUUGUUUUUGCGGCCGGCAGAUUCUGAGGAGACCGCCGGUGCUUGGGAAGCUGCCAUGGACUUUAAGCAUGGACCGAGCCUCAUCUCGCUGUCACGUCAGGCUCUGCCGCAGCUGGGCGUCACUGCCCGUGACAAGGUUGCCCUGGGGGCCUACGUGGUGAAGCCGGAGGCCGAGCCACAGUUGCAGCUACUGGCAACGGGCUCUGACCUGCAAUUGGCCCUGAAAGCGGCCGAGGAAUUGGCCGGACGCGGUAUCCGGACCAGAGUGGUCAGCUUCCCGUGCACACAGCUGUUUGAGCGGCAGAGCGCCGAGUACAAGCAGAGCGUGCUGCUGCGCGGCAAGAUUCCGUCCGUGGUGGUGGAAAGCUACGCUGUGAACGGCUGGGAGCGGUACGCGACGGCGGGCUACAGCAUGCGCACGUUUGGCAAGUCGCUGCCCGGCCAGGCUGCGUACGAGUACUUUGGGUUCUCGCCGCACCGGGUGGCAGACCGGGUGGAGAAGUAUUUCCGUUCGGCAACUCCAGAAAAAUUAUGGUAUUUCGAGGAUUUGAACUAA